AGAAAAACAUGAAUCUAUGAUCACACAUUUCGAUUCCGUCAUUCUUUCUCGUUGAACCAUCAAUUCUCAUCAAUUUCGACCGCGCCUACCAUUCUCAGUAUCGCGUAUUACGGCUCAUAUCUACCAAACUCCUAGGAAAGUGCGCCUGGCCGCGGACAGAAACCACCUCCAGUUUAUCAUUGUCUUCUUCUGUGUUUCUUCAACAUAAUUAAUUUCAUACGAAGGAUUCUGGCAAGCUCUACGCCUCGCACGAGCACGAUGGAAAAUCCCUUCACGUGUCCCCGCGUCGAUACAAUUCAGUGUUUAGCAAGGAUUCUCGAGGAACAGCGCGUCGUGCAUGUCCGUGGAACCCCGACGUCUGGCAAAACAACGAUGGCUGGGCUAUUAAAGUCGCACUACGACAGUCAGGGUAUACCCAGUGUAUACUUUGCAGAUUGGGCUUCGGAUGGAAGCAGACCAGUGAUGAAUAUACUGGUUGAACAAGCCCGCAGUAUUGGUUACACGGUUGAUCAUACAACGCUUUACAAAGCCGACAUUGUCUUCAUCAUUGACUCAGCUCAGAUGACAUACCACGACAAUGGUUUUUGGCUCGGUCUUGUUAAAACACAAAGCGGAAGAAGGUCUGGCCCACAAAUAUGCAUCUUCAGCAGCUAUGGAAAUGCUGUUGUUGGGCGUACACUUGCCUAUUUGGGUGUGCAACAGAGAGUUUCGAUCACACCAUCAAAGAUCGAGUUUGCACCAGAAAUAUCGCUUUUCUAUAACAGGGCCGAAUUUGACGAUGUUGUCGACCGAGCAUGUACUGACCCGAUUCGCCCCCUCAGACUUGAGCUCAGUGCGCGAGACGUCAUAUUCACAGUAACAAAUGGUCAGCCAGGCAGCGUGAAGUCGGUGUUGAAGCUCGUUGCCCAAUGCUAUCGUUCUCAACUAAAGCAAAGGGAGAUAGAGUCCGUUACGCAGGAACACAUUAUGAGCCUCCUUGAAAAUGAAGACCGGCUUUUCCGAUAUUUGGCGCAGAUGCCCGUACAACGAUCUUUUAUCAACCGGCGUGAGCUAACAGUGGAAGCUGCUGAUAUUCUACGUGAAGUACUUGCAAACGGAAGUGUACCCUGGGACCUUACGAAUAACGGCGUUCGUCUCUGCUACGAGAAAGGAUGGCUCCACUCAGAGCCACUUAGCUGGGAUAAUCUGGACAUCCGCUGCGUAUUUCCCACACAUCUCCAUGCAAAAUACGUGGAACACUUCCUUACGGACUCGCCCUGCCCAUUUCCGAGUGAGAAAUACCCUGACAUCAAGACGUUGACCGCAAGCGUCGUGAAGCAGUUUUCGCCUCGAGCACUUUCCUCUACUACAAGGAUUGGGACUGCGGCUGUUAUCCGCCCAAUUGAAGCUGCAUAUCAGGAUGAGUUUUGCCGUGCAAUACAUACAGUUCUUGGAACUUCGACAAAGAUAACAAGUGAAUGGUCGGGAGACAACAGUGGGAGGAUUGAUUUCAGGCUGGUAUCCCAUGGAUGGGGAUUCGAAAUACUCAGAGAGGGAGACCGCUUGGCAGAACAUUGUGAACGAUUUGCACCCGGCGGUCGUUAUUACAAAUUCGUACAAGAUGGUCAGAUCAGGGACUGGGUGAUCCUUGAUUGUCGGACCAGCAGACCUCGGCCAUAUGGUGGCGCGGGUCACAGCAAUCUGUGGCGAGUGGUCUUCGCUCCAGACUUCCUUUCAGCAGAGAUCUUGGACUCUUCUAAUCACGUUGUAUUUGAGAGAUUCCCCUUGGCGUCACAGCUUCCUUGUUAACCCCUCUGCCUGCUAAUCCAGGCUAUGGCAAUGAACGGAACACAUGGUUUACUGGCUGGGCAAAUGGACAAUGCAUGAGAGCUGGCAACAUACUAGAGGCUUUACCUUAGCAUCGGUAUGACUACUAUACUGGCAUGGAUAUACUGGCAUUGGUAUCCCUACUAUGCUAGUAUCCGACAUGCGUAGUAUACUUUUGGUAGCCCUAUAUGUGAUGUUGCUGUGUUUUAGG